AUGGGUGGAGCCAGCGAGAAACCCGAAAGUGACCCUAAGCCCGAUUUGCACCAGAAGAAGUUUAUGCUCUCCGUUUUCUGGGAUAUGGAGGGAGUGGUGUACUGGAAGUUGCUGGAUAGCAAGGCGACCGUUAAUGCAAUCAAAUACAGUGAACAGUUGGGAAAGGUGAAUGAAUCCCUGAAGAAGAAUAGGGCCUCCAAGUCAAAGAUCGUUCUCAUCCACGACAACGCGCGCCCUCAUGUUGCAAAACUGACUCGCUCUAAAAUAAAUAGCCUUGUUUGGAAACUUUUGGCGCAUUCCCGAUACAGUCCAGCUCCUUUUGAUUACUAUUUGUUCCGGAUCAUGAGUAAUGAGCUUGCGAGAGAACACUUCGAUUCGGAAGAAGCAGUCAAAAAUUGGCUU